GUGCCGCUGGGUGCAGCUGCAGCAGAACAAAUCUCCACCACGGACUCUGAUUGCAUCUACUGACCGAUACCAGAACAAAAUCCACCACCACAAUCAUUCUCUCUCAUAUUUUCCCGGGAAAAUCUCUCUACUUUUCUCGGAAACCAAACACCCUCUUCUCCCAUCGGAAUCUACAGUGAAUAGCUAUUACUAUGUCAAGCUCAAGCCAACCCCAGUUCCGAUACACUCAAACCCCUUCCAAGGUUCUUCACCUUCGCAACCUUCCAUGGGAGUGCUCCGAAGAGGAGCUCAUUGAGCUCGGUAAACCCUUCGGUAAGAUCGUCAACACCAAGUGCAAUGUCGGCGCCAAUCGCAACCAAGCUUUCGUUGAAUUCGCAGAUCUAAAUCAAGCCAUUUCGAUGGUUUCAUAUUAUGCUUCAUCUUCAGAACCUGCUCAGGUCCGUGGUAAAAGCGUUUAUAUACAGUAUUCUAAUAGACACGAAAUUGUGAACAAUAAAAGCCCUGGAGAUAUUCCCGGCAAUGUGUUGUUGGUCACUAUUGAAGGUGUGGAAGCUGGGGAUGUGAGCAUCGAUGUUAUCCACUUGGUGUUUUCUGCUUUUGGCUUUGUUCACAAAAUUGCUACUUUCGAAAAGACUGCAGGUUUCCAGGCUCUGAUUCAGUACACUGAUGCUGAUACUGCUUUUCAAGCUAGGGACGCAUUGGAUGGAAGAAGCAUACCAAGAUACCUGCUUCCAGAUCAUGUUGGUUCUUGUAAUUUGCGUAUUUCAUACUCAGCACAUAGAGAUCUGAAUAUCAAAUUUCAAUCAAAUCGCAGCAGGGACUAUACAAAUCCUAUGCUUCCUGUUAAUCUUACUGCUAUUGAAGGGGCAGGACAGCCUGCUGUUGGUCCUGAUGGGAAGAAGAAAGAACCUGAGAGCAAUGUGCUUUUGGCUUCCAUUGAAAAUAUGCAGUAUGCUGUUACAGUUGAUGUCCUUCACACGGUGUUCUCUUCAUUUGGUACUGUCCAGAAAAUUGCUAUUUUUGAAAAGAACGGUCAAACCCAGGCACUGAUUCAAUACCCUGAUGUCAUAACAGCAGCUGCUGCUAGAGAAGCUUUAGAGGGACAUUGCAUAUAUGAUGGUGGCUAUUGUAAGCUUCAUCUAACAUAUUCUCGUCAUACUGAUCUCAAUGUGAAGGCUUUCAGUGACAAAAGUAGAGACUAUACAGUGCCAGAUCCUAGUGUGCUUUCAUCACAAGUUCCUGCCACAGCCUGGCAAAAUCCUCAGGCUGCACCUAUGUACCCUGGCAGCGGCCCGGCUUAUCAGACUCAAGUUCCUGGAGGACAAAUGCCAUCAUGGGAUCCAACCCAGCAGUCAUUUAGACCUAGUUAUGGAUCUGGAGGCGGUGCUUAUCCUGUUCAAACUGGUGCAGUUCCUUCAAUGCCUGCAUAUCCGCCGGCAGGCGCUGCCGCCUCCUCACAGCCUGGGGCUCAGCCAAAUGUGAGACCUGGUGGUGCGUCACAUCCAGGUCCACAUUAUUAUGGUUAGGAAGUCAUAGCCUUACUUCUCUCUCAAUGAAAAGAGAACGGUUUUGAUGGAUGAACGAGCCAUGAUAUUAACAAGUUGUUAUUUGGAUGAAAAAUUGUUCAUUAUUUUUGUUGUCAUCUUAAUUUUAUCUUGCAAACAAAGCUUAGCAAUCGUAUGAUAUACUCUCUA